CUACUGGAUUGUCUGUCAGAGAGCUCAAUGAGGGGGUGCGUGCGGUCCUCAUUUCUGCUGUGUUUCCUGGCGAGUGUAUCAUCUACGCCAUGUCUGCCUGAGGAGUUUACUUGUGCGAGAGGCGGCUGUGUAUCUGAGGAACAUGUGUGUGAUUUCAGAGAGAACUGUGCAGAUGGCAGUGAUGAGACUAACUGCUCUGAGUUUGUGAGAUGUGACUUUGAAGAAGGUUUCUGUGGUUUUCAACUUCAAAAUGAACAUCAUAUUUGGAUAAGAGGAUCAGGUUUGAGCAAUCCCAGUACUGAGACCGACCACAGGGAAAAUGUUACUGGUCACUGCCUCUAUAUACACUCAAAGAUUGGAGGAGGAGUCACUGCUGAAAUAUACAGUCCUCUCUUCCAGCCUUCACAGACAUGCUGGCUAACUUUCUAUCGUCAUAUUGGGAUGCUGGCAGGGGCUUUGCAGGUUCUGAUCCAGUUCAAAUCAUCGGGAGAGAUGCAGGAAGUUUGGUUUCAGUCCACCUUCAAUCCUGAUCCACACACUCUUCCCUGGAUGCGAACAGUGGUGGUGUUAAACAGCGGAGAGGAGUUUAAGGUUGUGAUUAGAGGAUUGAUACUCAACAGCAGUGACCCAUAUGAAGUUGUAGCGAUUGAUGAUGUGUCCUUCAGCAGAGGAUGUGUGGUAGCAGUAGAGACUGACAUCAAGACACCUAUUCCAACUCAGUGCCCCCGGUCUCAGUUUCACUGUGGGGCAGACGUCUGUGUAGAUGAGGAGAAAGUGUGUGAUUUUUCAUUAGACUGCCCCAAUGGAGAGGAUGAGGCCAAAUGUUCGGCACAGUGUGAUUUCGAGUCUGACUCAUGUGGCUGGUAUGAGCUUGUCCAGGGUGAUGGGUUUGAAUGGGUGAGAGGCUCAGCUAAUGGAGUCGCCAUAGAUUAUCCAGACCAAACACCACCCCAGGACCACUCUACUAAUACAAGUGCAGGCCACUUCAUGUUUAUUUUCAAGAGGAGCAGCAUGUUUUCCCAGCAGGCUUUGCUGCGCAGUCCUACAUUUCAGCAAACAAGUUCAGAUUGCUUCAUGACCUUCUGGCACUAUAAUUCUGGCCAUUCUGUUGGUGCUGCUGAAAUGUACCUGGUGAUAGAGGGCUUAGACAGCAGCACUAUACUUUGGCAAACACUUUACAACCAAGGUAACCAGUGGCACCAUGUAAUCAUCCAGAUUGGCAGGCAGACCAGGCCUUUCCACUUCUCAGUUGCAAAACUGAGCUUGGCUGUGUAUGAAGGAGUCUCCGCUCUAGAUGAUAUUAUGUUCCAUAACUGCUCAUUGCCUGAAGCUGUGGAGAUGUGCCCAACUCCUAAUCACCUUCACUGUAGCCGGAGCAAAGCAUGUGUGGACUAUUACCAUAUCUGUGACCUGAUCGAUGACUGUGGAGAUGGAACAGAUGAGGAAAACUGCUCACCAGAGCUAAUGUGUGACUUUGAGGAAGGUCUGUGUAGCUGGACUCAGGAACAUGAGGAAGACAUGUUUGAUUGGACCCGUAUCCAAGGACCCACUCCCACUUUCAACACAGGCCCAUGGAAGGACCACACACGAGCCAAUGCAGCGGGCCACUUCCUCUAUAUCGAAUCUUCAGACCCACAGAAGUUCAAAGACACGGCCGUUCUUAUCAGUCGGCCUUUUCUCCAAACUCCUCGCCGAGGUCCUGAAUCCAAACCACCCUGUGCUUUUAGGUUCCACUAUCACAUGUUUGGCCAGAAUGUGUUUCGAUUGGCUGUGUACAUACGCACACGUAACAGUGGCCGGGGAAAUUUGUUGUGGGUUCGCUAUGGUGACCAAGGCAACUUCUGGCACAGGAAGACACUGCUGAUCAACAGCGCCCACCACUUUCAGAUUUUAGUGGAGGGGACUGUUGGUGAUGACUUCAGAGGAGAUAUUGCCAUAGAUGAUCUGUCUUUCAUUGGCUGUCAGCCAUAUGAUGGUGAAUUGCCCUCAAAGGAGCCUAGCACCUUUGCUCCCAUCCCCACCUUGUCAGCAGCACCCCCUCAUAGCUGCCCUCCUGACCAGUUUGUGUGCUCAACUACAAGCGAGUGUGUGAGCCUCAGUCAAGUGUGUAACUUCAAACCAGACUGCUCUGAUAGCUCUGAUGAAGAGCACUGUGUGAAGGAGUAUUGUGAUUUUGAAGGUGAUGCUCUGUGUGGAUGGUAUUUAAGUGUCCCGGCCACUCCUGUUCCUCCUCAUUCCUUUUGCUGGCAGACAGGACAAGGGGAGAGUAUUCAUCAUGGAGAACAGAACCACAGACCUGUUAACGACCACACACUUGGUUCUUCAGAGGGUUGGUAUAUAUUUGCGGACAGCUCCAAUGGAGGAUAUGGUCAUACCACUGAUCUCUUGACUGCUCCCAUUAAAAUAACAGGACCCCAGUGUACACUUGUGUUCUGGUAUCACAUGAGUGGCUUUACUGUUGGAACGCUGCAGGUCUUCAUCAAAUCAAGCUCUGUCACACAUGAAGUUUGGUCCCAAAGUGGUAACCAAGGCAACAGCUGGAGGCGGGGUGAGGUCUUCAUAGGAAUCCGUCAUAACAUUCAGGUGGGUCUUCGAGCCAAGCGAGGCAUCAGCUACAUGGGCGAUGUUGUUGUUGAUGACGUGGCAUUUGUGGACUGUGCCCCUCCAAUAACGUCUGAUCUUCCGUGUCGUAACAACGAGUUCAUCUGUGCCAACAGUCACUGUAUCUCUGAGGACAACUUAUGUGACUUUAUUGAUCACUGUGGAGAUGGCUCUGAUGAGAAUCAUUACAUAUGCAAGGGAUUCAGUGGUCGCUGCAAUUUCGAAUUUGACCUUUGCUCCUGGAGACAGAGCCAAGAUGAUGAUUUUGAUUGGAUGAUAAAACCAGGAAAUAUGCACACACAUGGGACUGGACCAUCCACUGAUCACACCCUCCGCAACCCAUUGGGCCACUACCUAUAUCUAGAUGGGUCCUUCCCACAGACAACUGGACACACUGCCCAAAUUGUAGGACCUCUUUUCCGCUACUGCAGCAGAGAUUGCAAAAUGGUCUUUUACGUCCAUAUGUCUGGUGACGGCAUUGGCACUCUGAAUGUGUACAUGUCUACAAACUUCAACCGCUCACUCUUACUCAACCUUACUGGAAAUCAAGGCAACUACUGGAGCAGACAGGAACUGCCUCUCUCGUCUACUGACAAUUUCCGCAUUAUGUUUGAAGGCAAGGUGGGCCGUAAUACCAGAGUUCACAUCUGCCUGGAUGACAUCACCUUCUCAUCAGGCUGUGUUCUUAGCAACAAAUUUGAGGCAGACUCCACUCCCCGGUUACUUCCAGGAUCCUGUCCACCGGGUUCUCUACAGUGUAACAAUGGCAAUUGCUACAAACUAGAGCAGAAAUGUGAUUUCACUGAUGACUGUGGAGAUGAAACAGAUGAAUUGGAUUGUGGGACGUCCUGCUCAUUUGAACAAGGGCACUGUGGUUGGAAAAACAGCAUGGCAGAUACCUUUAGUUGGGCUCAUGGAGUCGGCUCCAUUCAUAUGAUCAGACCUCCUCAUGAUCACACACUUAAAAAUGAAAGUGGCCACUUUGUAUAUCUGGCAGCCACUCCUGUGGGAUUGAAGGGUGAUAAAGCUCACAUGAGAAGUUCUGUGUGGAAGGAGUCUAGUGCCAUAUGUAAACUCACCUUCUGGUACUAUAUUUCCGAAAAAGCCACAGGAAUCAUCCGGCUCUUCAUUAAGACAGAAAAUGAGCUGAGGGAGGUGUGGACAGAGCGGCAGAUGCAAAGGGAAUGGAGAAGAGUGGAGGUAUCUCUGAAGAGCCUGAGGAACUUUAUUCUCAUAUUUGAAGCAGUUCGAACACAAGACGUGAGUGGUGGAGCGGCUCUGGACGACUUGCAGUUCAUUGACUGUGCACCACGAGCUGUGCAUCCUGGAUCAUGCCCCGCUGUAACAGAUUUUGUGUGCAAUAAUGGAGACUGUAUUGAGUAUCAUUUGGAGUGUGAUGGUAAAGCUGACUGUUCCGAUGAGUCUGAUGAGAUUGACUGCUUGCAUGUUCCAGGAGCUUGUAAUUUUGAUAUGCCCAGCGGCCUUUGGCAAGAGACCUGUAAGCUGUCUCAGGAUACUUACGAUGACUUUGAUUGGGAUAUAGGCUAUGGCAGAAUGCGUAAUGGGACAGGACCAUCAGCUGACAACAGCCCCGAUGGAGGAGGGGGGUAUCUGUAUGUGAACUCCAGUGCUCAGAAAGAAGGAGAUAUCACCAGAUUCAUAAGCCUGCUGGAGUUUCCUGCGAGUGUCGGUAUAUGUCAUCUGCGCUUUUGGUUCUACAUGUAUGGCUCACAGCACAUGGGUACACUGAAGGUGUAUACCAUGGGCCACAGUGGGACACCCCUGCUAAUGUGGGCAACCUGCGGAAACCAUGGAGACAGCUGGCAUUAUGCUAAUGUGAUCUUAUCAAAUGCAUCACCCUUCAGAGUGAUUGUUCAGGCAGAAGUGGGAGUAGACCAGUGGACUGACAUUGCUGUGGAUGACAUCUCUUUCACUAGACAAUGUCUUGUUGGAGGUCCAGUUACCCCCAUCCCACAAACAUGCCACAGGGAUCACUUCCAGUGUUUGUAUCUGUUUGAGUGUAUACCACUGAGUUGGCACUGUGAUGGUGAGGUGGACUGUCUGGAUAGCUCGGAUGAGGAGAUGUGUGCGAGUGUGGUUCCUGGCACUAUGCCUCCUCAAACAGGGUGUGCGACAGGAGAAUACCACUGCAUGAACAACAGCUGUAUCCCAGCUCUGCUGCGCUGCGAUAUGGUUUUAGACUGCCCAGAUGGAGAAGACGAAUAUGGAUGCCCUGUUAAGAUAUGUGAUGAUGGAGAACUAGUGUGUGAGGCGACAGCAGACUGUGUAGCAUAUCAGAGUCGAUGUGAUGAUAUUGUUGACUGCCCUCCUUUUAACCCUGAUGAGUCCAGCUGCUAUGAGUGUCCAAUUGGGUACUGUCUCAAUGGAGGGAGGUGUUCAGUAAAAGAAAAUGGACCAGUGUGCAUUUGUCCAUCACAGUGGACUGGUAAUCGUUGCCAUAUAAAAGAAAAACCUUUUCUCACAACUGCGUCCACAACACCUGUGAUACCAGAUAGUAAACUAGGUCAUUGGAUUGCUGUCAGUGUUGGAUUAAGUGUGGCAUUGAUCCUGGUGGGCAUUGCAACUGGAGUCAUUCUGUUCUUGUUAUUUCAAAGGAGACAUUCACUAAAAGACUCCAGUCUUAUUGAUAAUGAAGAGUUGGAUUGCUCAGCCUUUGACUUGCAGAAAAAGCCGCCCUCUCUUGACGUUAGACCCAGGUGGCCUGUACAUCCUCAAUUAAACAUCAGCGUUUACCCGUGGAGAGAGGAUCCAAAGGUCUCCAACUCAAAGGAAAGCAAGCUCUCUUUCUCCAAUCCACUCUACAAGUGCUCAAACAGUUCUGAAGCUUGAAGAAAACACAGACACGCAAACACUGGCUGUCAUGUCCCUAUAGAUUUAAAGCACUUUCCACUUCAUUUGAGCCUCCCCGACAGCAUGGCUGUACUUGCUUAAGGUUUAGAGGGCUUUUUUUAACACAAUCUGGUGGGAGGAAAAAGUGUGACCACAAACAAGUUCCAAUUAAGCAAAAUGAAGCCGUUAAACUAUCAGUUGUAAAAAGAAAGUUUCUUAUAAUAAUCUGACAUGUAACAUAUUCCAUAUGUUGUGAAAUCUCUCCGAGGCACUGAAAUUAAAUCUUUCUUAUUUUACAAGAGCCAACACUUUAUGUCAGUGCCUGUUUUAACAUGAGGGGCUAUGCUGAUAGAUGCCUUUGUAUGUUCAACAGCUCAAUUAAUAGUAUCUAAUAGCUUGUGAAUGUUCAUGUUCAGUUUUCUGACUUUGUAACAUUAAUUUCUAUCAUUUAGAAGGCAUUUUCUGAACAUUAUAUUUUUGUUUUAUUGAAAAUACCAAACAGUCUUUCAGAAAAGAAAUGAAUUUUUUUAGAGAAUCAUCGCUUUAUUAAAAUGAAAUGAAAUUAAAUAUUUAAGAUGACCACAAUGUAACAUUAAUCUGGGAAGGUUUGUCAAAUCUAAUAUGGAGUCUGGGUGCCAUUUCAGAGAUUGUUUUGUUUUCAUACCCUGCUCUCCUUCCAGAUCUCUGUGGUUUCGAGAGUAUUGUAUUUUCAUUACUUUAAAUGUGGGUUCAAUCACCACUUGGUCUCCUUUUGGAUUCAAGCAGACCACAUUUUGACAGCUGAUAAAAUUGAAAACUGUAAUGAUACCAAAACAUGCACAAAGACAAGUGAAGUAGUUAACUGUGCAGUGCCAGUGUUUAAGGGAAAAGAAAAUUUUCCUUGGUACCAGAACACUGUAACAAAAGCUGUAAAUGUACAAUGAUAAACUCUGGUGAAAUGUGAAAUGUUUCAAUAUUACAAACUGUCUGUAAUCCUGCAUUCUUUGUCCUUUGGUUUCUGGUUCUCUUUCGUCAGAAGUCAAAACAAUUGCUUUGUCAUAAAAUGAACUACAAAGCAUGAAAUGAAACAUGAUGAUUCGAUAAGAGCGUUCGCAUAUAUAUGAAUAUGACUGUAACAUACACUUGUCAAAGAUGUUUUAGAAUUAUGUAUUCAUUAAAAACAUACAGAUUGGAUUUCUGAAAUGUGCUUCACAGUACAUGAGCAUCAAUAAGCCCAACACAUUGUGUUUUCUCUGGAUAUGUCUCAAGAAAUACACAAAGAUCUGAAUUCCGAC